UUUAGUCAUUUACCACCUCACACACUCCUAAUUAAAACCUCCUAACUAAACUCUUACACAAAUUCCAAUUAAAUUCUUUCCGCUUUCGCUUCAUUUCAAUUCAUGCCCUCUUCUUCUUCUUCAGCUCUGACUCAACAGCAACAGCAACAGCAACAGCAACAACGACAUCGUUUCAAAUUACAAAAACUAAACGCUUUUUUCCUACUUAUUUUCUCUCUCCUCUCCUGCCUGUUUAACUUCUUCCUUCUCUCUCUCUCCUCCGCCAUGGAUGACAACUUCUAUCUCGACGACUUUCUCCCCGUCGAUUUGGACGAUGAUUACGACGCUUCUCACGCUCUUCGUCGUCGCCGCCGCCGCCUUUCUUCCCCCCCUCUCUCUCUUCACCAUGAUCGUCUCUUCCUCGUCUCCUACCAGUGGUGGAAUGAUGCGAGUAAGGAGUGUUGGUGUGGUAAGGGUGAAAAUAAUGGUGUUCUUUAUUCGGUGUCGUCUCAUGAUUCUGAUGAGGAUAAGAGGGAAUAUGAUUCUUAUGAGGAUGACAUUCUUUCUGAUGAUGAUAAGAGAGAGUGUGAUUCUGGUGAGGAUGACAUUCUUUCUGAUGAAGAUAAGAUUAAGAGAGAGUGUAAUUCUGGUGAGGAUGACGGUCUUUCUGAUGAGGAUAAGAUUAAGAGGGAGUGUGAUUUUGGUGAGGAUGACGUUCUUUCUGAUGAGGAUGACAGGGAGUGUGAUUCUGGUGAGGAUGACAUUUUUUCUUAUGAGGAUGACAUUCUUUUGAAUCUCAAGAGAGAAGUGGACAAUGAUAAUAUUGAUAAGGGCGAGGGUUUUUCGGGCCGAGAAUACGCUUUGAUUUCGGAAACCAUGUGGUUUAAGGCGCUAAAAUGGCAUAGUGAUUCUUGGACAAGAUUUAAGGAUGUGGACUGUUCUUUGGCUGCAGAAGGUAAUAAUCAUGAUGUUUUCCCCAUUCAGAUAAGGCUUUCUGCAAUGCAGCAGACCAAUUCUCUGGCGGUGAAAAUAUCUUUGAUGGAUAACCCGGUCCAGCUUUAUAAAAGAGCCUACCAAAUAUUUGAUGUGCAGUCUGACUUGGUUCGUAUAUGGGACUUCUCUGGACAGAUGGCCCAGUUCUUCGUGAGAGAUGGUGUUACGUUUCCGAAUGGCUUUCAUGGCCAAGCGACUGAAGAGGUUGUCCUUGAGUUACAAGUAUAUGGAUUUCUCACUUUUGGCGGAGACACAGUAGAAAGGACGUCUGAAAUUGCAAGGCAAGGAAGUUCCAGCAGGGGAGGUUCAUGUAGCAGCUCAUCUACCCAGAUGAACAGAACUGAUGAAAGUCAGAGCUCCUCAGCUUUUCACAGUUUGCAAUCAUGUGCUCGAGGAUAUGGUGAAACUGGUAUGCUGGGUUUAACGGGACUUCUAAAUCUUGGGAAUACCUGCUUCAUGAAUAGUGCUGUUCAAUGCUUAGUUCACACUCCAAAGCUUGUUGAUUAUUUCCUAGGAGAUUACAAGAAAGAAAUAAAUUACGAAAAUCCUUUAGGCAAGCAAGGUGAGCUUGCUUUGGCCUUUGGGGAUUUGUUAAGGAAGUUGUGGGCUCCCAGUGAAAUAGCUGUUGAUCCAGAAUUCUUUAAAUCAACUCUAGAGGACUUUGCUCCCCAAUUCUGUGGCUAUAACCAACAUGAUUCCCAGGAAUUCCUGGCUUUUCUAUUGGAUGGGCUCCACGAAGACUUGAACCGUGUGAAACUUAAGUCAUAUAUUCAAGUUGGUGACUCAGAGGGCUUUCCGGAUGAAAAUAUGGCUUAUGAAUAUUGGCGGAGUCACCUAGCUCGCAAUGACUCCAUAAUAGUUGAUACGUUCCAUGGGCAAUUUCGAUCUACAUUGGUUUGUCCUUUCUGCAAAAGGGUGUCUGUCACGUUUGAUCCAUUCAUGUACCUGUCUCUUCCUUUGCCUUCAACGACUGUGCGAUCCUUGACUGUUACUCUUUUGAGCACUGAUGGAAGUAUGCCUCCUUCACCACUUACCGUGACGGUACCCAAGUCUGGAAGGUGCAAGGAUCUUACUCAAGCGUUAAGUACAGCCGCUUCAUUGCGAGAUGAUGAGACCCUCUUUGUGGCUGAGGUGUUUGAUCAUCGCAUCCUCCGCUCCCUGGAAGAUCCAUCUGAUUCAUUGGCAUUGAUAAGGGAUCAUGAUUGCCUUGUUGCUUAUCGCUUACCAAAAGAGACUGAGAGUAGCCGGCUAGUGGUUUUCAUGCAUCAGAAGGCUGAAAGGAAAUUUGGUUUUCGAAUGGCAAGACAAUGCUGGAGUCUAUUUGGCAUUCCUUUGGUGGCGAGGAUUCAUAAUAUCUUAGAUGGAUCUCAGAUUUAUGAUGCAUACAUGAAACUGCUUCGUCCUUUCCUGAAUAUGGAGGAAGAUUAUAAUGAUGCUGAAAAUCUUGAUGAUGAGCUUGCUAAGAUGGAGUCAAGGAGUUUGUCAAAUUCAGACAAUUUAUGGAGCUCGGAUGAUGAUUUGGGAGCUGAUUUGCAUGUGGCAUCUGAAUUUCAGUUUCAUUUUACAGAUGAGCGAGGUAGAUUGAAGGAUCAGAGGAUAAAGUUGGGAAAAUCUCUGGAUCUUACGGAUGCAGCUAAGAAAUGGAAUGUUCUAGUUAGCUGGUCUCAUCAAAUGGUGAGAAGGUAUGAUACCUCUGGUUUCAGCGUGUUGCCGGAGGUUUUCAAACCUGGUUUACUUUCUAUGCGGCCUCAAGAGUCAGUUUCCUUGGGCAAGUGUCUGGAAGGCUUCUUGAAGGAGGAGCCAUUGGGCCCAAAAGAUAUGUGGUAUUGCCCUAGCUGCAAGCAACAUCGCCCAGCGAGUAAGAAAUUGGAUCUUUGGAGACUGCCUGAAAUUUUGGUUGUUCACCUGAAGAGAUUCUCCUACAGUCGUAUUUUGAAAAACAAGCUUGAGACAUAUGUUGAUUUUCCCAUUGACAACCUUGAUUUGACAGGUUUCCUGGCCCAUGAGAGUGGCCCUGGUUUGAAUUGUUAUAGGCUGUAUGCCAUCUGUAACCACUAUGGCGGCAUGGGAGGUGGUCACUAUACAGCUCUGGUUUAUCACGUUAAAAGGUGGUAUGAAUUCAAUGAUAGACUUGUUGAACAGGUUAGAGAAGAGAACAUAAGAACAGCUGCCGCUUAUGUUCUUUUCUAUCGCAGAAUCUCCGACACCUAAGUAUAUCUGGUGCAGCAAGACUAGCCAUACGCAGCACAAUAUUUUUUGUGAAAAUUUAGAAUCACAAUUUAUACGAUUACAGAAAGGAGCGGUGCACUCUUUUUUCUCUUUGUUUUUUUCCUCUAGGCCCUGAUGUAUAUAUUCUUAGGAAAAUGUUACAUGUUGGCGCAGCUGGCUCCUUGCCCGAAAAUUUUCUGCAGUUUAUCGGGCAUGCUAUGUGUAUAAUGUAGAUAAUGUGUGUAUAAACCGCAGUAAUACUGGUUAGUCUCCGACUACUUAUCAAAGUAACCUAUGCUCAGAGUGCGGAGAUAAGGGGUCCUUCAUAUAUGAUUGAAUAUAUGAAGCAGGAGUGCAGGACAUUCGACUAA